CGUUGAAUCUGUCUCAUUCUUCACGUCACCACCUCCACAGUACAGUACACACGCUCUCCACAAUAAAUAACUCAAAAUAAAUUUCACUCUCCCUCACCACACUCUCGCUGCCGUCACGUUCUCCUGCUUCAGAGCUUCUCUCCAGAUCUGAUCCCAGCAACAGGGUUUUCGAGUUCUUUGUUUUAUCACAACUGCAGAGCAUGGGUCGAGGAGUUAGUAGUGGUGGAGGACAAAGUUCGUUGGGCUAUCUGUUUGGGAGUGGAGAGGCUCCAAAGCCUGCCCCAACUAAUGCUGAAGCUGCUCCAAGUGAAGUGCCGGCUGUGAAUAAUGUGCCUGCCACUAAACCUGCUGCUGCUCCUCAACCAGUAGAUAUUAGCAAGCAGGUUCCUGCUGGUAUCAAUAGUACUUCUACAAAUAACUAUAUGCGGGCAGAUGGGCAAAACACUGGGAAUUUUAUCACGGAUCGACCCUCUACUAAGGUCCACGCUGCCCCUGGUGGUGGAUCUUCUUUGGGUUACCUCUUUGGCAGUGGACCUGGUGGUAACUGAGAUAUGUUGUCACAUCUGGAAAAUGAAAGUACUGUUUGUUGAUUUUUGUGGAACCUGUAUUUUGGAUGAAGCAACGCUGUUAUCUUUUUAUAUAGACAAUGGAAACUUGCUGGAUAAUGUGAUGUAAUAUAUUGGUUUUCUGGUUGUUUGAA